AUGACUUCAAUCAUUAGAAAAUCGUGUAUUUUUAUUAGAUCUUAUCCAUGGGUAAACGGUAUAUCAAUUUUACACAAUGUGAAGGAAUCAAUGCCUGAGAUCACUCGUUUCAUUUCAAACACCAAUAUGUAUCAAUCGAAAGAUGAAAACUCUAAAGUGGGCACUUCAGCUCUAGAAAUCUAUGGGUUUGCUCAAGUGAAAUCUAAAAAGAAAGAAAGUUUCAUCGAGGUAUUAAGGAUGUACGAAAGCAGAGAUAAGUAUAGACGGGGCCACGUUGAAUUUAUUUACUCAGCCAUGCAACACAUGCAAGAUUUUGGGGUGCACAAGGACUUGGAUGCCUAUAAAAAGCUACUUGACGUAUUGCCCAAAGGUAAAUUUAUUCCAUCGAAUCGAAUGCAAGCUGAAUUCAUGCAUUAUCCAAAGCAACAGCAAUGCGCCAUAGAUGUACUGUGUCAAAUGGAGGAUAAUGGUGUCAUACCCGAUUGGGAGAUGGAAGAUCAACUCUUAAAUAUAUUUGGAAAAUGGGGAUAUCCUUUGAGAAAAUUUUGGAGGAUGAUGUAUUGGAUGCCUAAGUUCAAGAACGCUAGCCCAUGGCCGUUGCCACAGGUUUUGCCAAACGACCCUCUUGAACUAGCCAAGCUAGCAAUAGACAGAAUUACUAGUGUUGAUGUACGGCGUAAAAUUACAGUUUUUCAGUCCGAGGAUCUACCAGAUUCGAUUGACAAAACUUGGAUUGUUUCUUCGAUUAGUCCCGAUCAGAAAAUCCUGCUGGAAAAACAUCCUCCCAAUACUCCUAUUUAUGUAGAAGGACCAUUUAGAGUUUGGUUGAAAGAUUGUCCGCUUAAUUAUUUUAUUCUAAGAGGUGAUAGAAUUGAAAAACCUCAACCAAAACCAACGGAUGAUGAUGAUGUUAGUAACAUUGAUCUACCUAUUUGGAAAUCACCAUCAUCUAAAGCUCUUACAGUCGAUGAGACAGUUCAUGAACAGGAAGAUGGUACAAUUUUUUCUGUUUGUGCAACAGGAACAUCUAGUCGUGACUCGCUCUUAUCUUGGGUUAGGUGUCUACAAGAAGAGAAUAGUGCUUUGGCAAACAUCCCUGUUUUAUUCACACUAAAAAGUCCUUUAGGUGAAGUGGCAUUAUCAGAAAGUGAUUCAAUAAAAGAUGUAAAAAAAAUAGAAGUUGAAUCAAAUAGCAAGGAAGAGUAGAUUUUCAUGAAAAUAAAUGUAUAGUUUGUAAAUAAAAAAAUGCUUUACAGCUACCAAUUAUAAGCAA